CGGCGCUUUGCGAGCCUAUAAAAAGCGCGGGCGCAUGUGCGGCGCAGUGCUGGGCCGGAGGCGGCGCCGAGCCGGUUCGUCUAUCCGUCUGUCAGUCCGUCCGUCCGUCCGUCCGUCCGUCCGGGCCGGGGCAGCGCCGUGCCGUGCCUGGUGGUAUCCCCCUACCCCUCAGCGUCUUCUCCUCCGCCAGCUGCCGUUGCCUGGGUUCCUGUAUGUGCGACCGCGUCUCCAGCCCUAUGAGGUAAUCCCAGAAGAUCUUUCUUUGCCAAACCCAGGGGCUGAUGCAUCCCCUUCCCUGCUCCGGUGCCGGACUCCUGCAUUCCAGGAUCCUGUUCCCACUGAUGGGAAUGAGGGUUUCUCCUCCCCAUUCUCUCUUAGCCUCGCUUGCUGCAGGUGUGUAUCUCCAGUGGAGAGAGCCAGUAACAGGAGAGGUGUCCUGCUGGCAAUCAGUGGCUGAGCAGCGUGCUGCCCACUAUGGCUGGUUGGUUUAGGAGGCUUCUGCACAAACCCAAGUCCAGCUCAGUGGAAAACCUCAAGUCCAGCCACUCUGCUUCACCCUCACCUUCCUCCUCCUCCUCAUCCUCUGCCAAGAGCUCCAGCUCCUCUCCUGGCACGAGCCUGGCCACCAGCUCCAUCUCCCUGUCGCCCGUGUCAGCAGUGGACAUCAGCUCGGACAGUCCCCGGUGGGACAAGAGCUACGACGUCUGCAUCUGCCACAGCGAGGGGGACGUGGAGCUGGUGUCGGAGCUGGUGUCCUACCUGGAGGGGCAGCCCGAGAGCUUCCGGUGCUUCCUGCAGCUGCGGGACGCGGUGGCGGGGGGCGCGGUGGUGACAGAGCUGUGCGACGCCGUGCAGAACAGCCACUGCUGGGUCAUGCUCAUAACCCCCGGCUUCCUGCAGGACCCCUGGUGCAGGUACCAGAUGCACCAGGCCUUGGCCGAGGCUCCCAUGGCCAACGGACGCACCAUCCCAGUGCUGAAGGACGUGGAUCGCAAGGAUUAUCCCAGGGAGCUGCGGAACAUCUACUACAUCUACAUGGCCCUGAAGGAGAAGAGCUUCAGGCAGAUCAGAGACACUGUCAUGCGCUACCUCCAGGAACUGUGCCAGAGCUCCACAAAAAGCAUGGAGUAGUGCUGGGAGCAGGCAGAUGCAUUCCCAUGGGCAUCAUGGAGCUGUCGCCGUUGGAUCUGGAUGUUGGCAUGUCCCAUUGGACCUUGAGGUCAAAC